UUAAACAAAGUUUCAUUAUUUUUUUGUUUCAGAUUUUCUUUUCUUCUUUUCCCCAUCUCCCUCUCCCUCUCUCUCCUCUUUUUCUCUCUCUACCCCGAUCCAUCCAUCCAUGGGAGAGUAGACCAAAAAGCUUGAGCUUACCCUCUCUUCUAUCUUUCCUAUCUGGAAAAGAAAAUCCAAUAGUCUAACAUCAAAACCAACAAGAAAAUAUUUCAAUAUUUUUCACACAAACUCAGACAAAUCCAACCAACCGCGUCGAAUCUGAAAGAAUAAAGAAAGACUAUUGUGGGUGUGAUUGUUUGAUUGAUUGUUUGGAUUGUAAAGGGAGCUGUUUAAAGAGAUUAUAAAAAAGAGGGAUUAUUAGUUGAUCGGAUGGUAGAGAGGCUGUCACGAGAGAGAUGGGCCGAGGAGGAAAGAACAAUAACAAGAUUUACGAACGUGAAAAUAUCAAACGGAAGUCAAGUUAACGAGCACAAGUAUUAUUGUUGUUGUCGUUGUUGUGAAAGGGAAACAAUAACAUUAGGCGAAAGAAUAGGAAGAGAAUUGGUAGGAGGAUGCAGCUGCAUUUAUCUCCGAGCAUGAGAAGUAUAACGAUAUCAUCGAGCAAUGGUGGGUUCGUUGACUUGAUGAAGAUCAAAGUAGCUGCUCGUCAUAUCUCAUAUCGCACCCUUUUUCAUACCAUCCUCAUCCUUGCUUUUUUGUUGCCCUUCGUCUUCAUUCUUACUGCUCUUGUUACUCUUGAAGGUGUCAACAAUUGUUCUUCUCUCGAUUGUUUAGGUAGGCGUUUUGGACCCAGGCUCCUCGGUAGAGAUGAUUCAGGGAGGCUGGUUAGAGAUUUCCACAAAAUUCUUAAUCAGGUCAAUAGUGAAGAGAUACCAUCUGGUUUAAAGCUUCCAGAUUCAUAUAAACAACUUGUGUUUGAUAUGAAGAACAACCAGUACGAUGCAAAAACCUUUGGCUUUAUCUUAAAAGGAAUGAUGGAGAAACUUGAAAGAGAAAUCAGGGAAGCCAAGUUUGCAGAGUUGAUGAACAAACACUUUGCUGCUAGUUCCAUUCCCAAAGGCAUCCAUUGUUUGUCUCUUCGUUUGACAGAUGAAUACUCUUCUAAUGCUCAUGCUCGCAAACAAUUGCCUCCCCCGGAGUUGCUCCCAUUGCUUUCUGACAACUCAAUGUACCAUUUUGUUUUGUCCACGGAUAAUAUUCUGGCUGCUUCUGUUGUGGUUACUUCUGCUGUGCAAUCGUCCUUAAAACCUGAGAAGAUAGUAUUUCAUGUUAUCACUGACAAGAAAACUUAUGCUGGCAUGCAUUCUUGGUUUGCUCUAAAUCCUGUCUCACCAGCAAUUGUUGAAGUGAAAGGUGUUCACCAGUUUGACUGGUUAACAAGAGAGAACAUUCCAGUUCUGGAAGCUAUAGAAAGCCAUAAUGGAAUACGGAAUUACUACCAUGGCAACCAUGUGGCAGGAGCCAAUCUCAGUGAGACUACUCCACGAACUUUUGCUUCAAAAUUACAGGCAAGAAGUCCAAAAUACAUUUCGUUGCUCAACCAUAUCCGGAUCUAUUUACCUGAGCUAUUCCCAAACCUCGACAAGAUAGUGUUCUUGGAUGACGAUGUGGUAAUUCAGCGUGACCUAGCUCCUCUUUGGAGUAUUGACCUUGAGGGGAAGGUAAAUGGAGCUGUAGAGACUUGUAGAGGUGAGGACGAAUGGGUGAUGUCCAAGACAUUCAGAAAUUAUUUCAAUUUCUCCCACCCUCUCAUAGCUCAGCAUUUGAAUCCCGAUGAAUGUGCAUGGGCUUAUGGGAUGAACAUAUUUGAUCUGCGUGCUUGGAGAAAGGCAAGCAUAAGGGAUACUUAUCAUUCCUGGCUUAAGGAGAACUUGAAUGCAAACCUUACGAUGUGGAAACUUGGAACUCUACCACCGGCUUUGAUUGCAUUUAAGGGGCAUGUACACCCGAUUGACCCAUCUUGGCAUUUGCUGGGUUUGGGGUACCAGAAUAAGACCAACCUUGACAGUGUGAAGAAAGCGGCGGUUAUUCAUUACAAUGGGCAGUCGAAACCAUGGCUUCCAAUUGGGUUCGAUCAUCUUCGUCCCUUUUGGACAAAGUAUGUCAAUUAUACUAACGAUUUUAUUAGAAAUUGCCACAUAUUGGAGUCAUAGUCACCAGUCAGGUACAUGAGAUUCUGAUGAAAAGAGAGAGGCAGGAUAAGAAAUGAUAAAUGCUGGCUGCUUCUGGUGUGUUUUUUCUGAUGGCUAGAGAAGUGAAGGGAGGGGGCGUCAUUGAAUGUGCCAAAUGGUUAGUGAUUUGAGGUAUAAGACUCUGGCAAUGGCUUCCCAGAUUCAAAGUGAGUAGAGUGGAGACUAGCAUGGCACAAGAUUCAUUUUUUCCAUCUGUAAAAUAACAACUCUUGUUAAUUCUUUUGGUUGAGAAAGGACAGUAACGUACGUUCGUUCUGUGGGCUUCUCACGUCUUAUGGGAUAUAGUUCAAUUAUUGAAGAUACAUACUACGCACAGGAUAUUGCCCUUCCUAUAAUUGCUGCUCAGUGCAUCAAGCCGAAGGCCAAGUUGGACAGCUCCCCGAUGGUGAUUGUGAUGGUGAUGGUGAUGGUGAUGGUGAUGGUUCCUCAUCUGCCAAGCAAAAGAUGGGGAUAUAGUUUAUUCUUUUCUCUCUUUAAUAUCAUUUUUUUGGUACUUGUUCUGUUCAAUCAACUAGAUUUCAGUUUCUCUAUUUUUGGCUAGGGUAUAAGAUUUGUCUUCUGCUACAGGGUUCCUCGUAGUUGGGAAUUAAUCCUAGGUCAUAUCAUUAAAUUUUGCUUGUGUACCAUCUUGAGGGAUAUCUAAAUGUGCAGUAAUUCUUUCUCAAGUAUCACAAUUAUACUACA